AUGACACAACAAAGAAAGACCAUUGCCGUGGUGAACGCUACGGGUCGCCAGGCGGCGUCUCUGAUCCGUGUCGCUUCGGCAGUGGGCCACCAUGUUCGCGCUCAGAUCCAUUCACUCAAGGGCCUCAUCGCGGAGGAACUACAAAGCCUACCCAAUGUCACUCUCUUCCAGGGUCCCCUCCUGGGCAACACAGAGCUGAUGGACUCCCUGUUCCAAGGGGCCAAUCUUGCUUUCAUCAACACCACCUCCCAGUCUGGCGAUGAAGUCGCGAUCGGACGCGCCUUGGCCGAUGCCGCCAAGCGAGCAGGAACCAUUCAACACUACAUCUAUAGCAGUAUGCCCGACCACUCUGUGCAUGGACCAUGGCCUCCGGUGCCCCUUUGGGCUCCCAAGUUCACCGUGGAGAAUUACGUUCGUCAACUCGGUCUGCCCUCGACGUUCGUCUACGCCGGAAUCUACAACAACAACUUUACGAGUCUACCAUACCCCCUCUUCCAGAUGGAGCUGAUGCAGGACGGAAGCUUUGAGUGGCACGCGCCUUUCGACCCCGAUAUUCCACUCCCCUGGCUGGAUGCUGAGCAUGACGUGGGACCGGCGCUGCUGCAGAUUUUCAAGGACGGACCCAAGAAGUGGAACGGCCAUCGGAUCGCCCUCACCUUCGAGACGCUCUCCCCCAAUCAGGUCUGUGCGGCAUUUUCGCGCGCUCUCGGUCGCCCAUGCCGCUACGUCCGCGUGCCCAAGGUCGAAGUCAAGGUCAACAUCCCUCCCGGAUAUCGGGAACAACUGGAAGCAAUUGAGGUGGUGUUUGGACAAUGCGAUGCACCCUACUUCCCGCAGCCCGAAUUCUCCCGCCCUGCGGCCGGGUCGCCGAAGGGCUUGGGCCCAGCCAAUGGCAAAGGUGCGGGUGCGGGAAUGAUGCAGGGUCCCGGAGGGGUUAUAUCACUGCGUGUUACGGAUGAGGCCCGACACCUAUGGCAGGGCUGGCGAGACAUGGAGGAAUAUGCGCGCGAAGUCUUUCCCGUGGAAGAGGAAGCGAACGGGCUGGAUUGGAUGUUGUGA